CUCUGCUGGGCCCAGCUGUUGCUUUGGUGCCGAGAUGCUUCAAAGCACUAUUAAAAAUGUGUGGGUCCCCAUGAAACCUUACUAUACUGAAGUUUACCAGGAGAUCUGGAUCGGAAUGGGGCUGAUGAGCUUCAUUGUUGGCCGGGCGUGGAGUGCUGAUAAAAGAAGUAAAGCUUUGAAAGCUCCUGCACCUGCUCAUGGUCAUCACUAA